CAGGGACAGAAGGCUUGGAGGACGCUCUCGGUGUAUUGCCCUCAUUCGGGCUUUCUCCCCUCAGCGCGUCUUUGUUCGAAUCCCAGCAGCUCUCGCGAAACAGAUGGCGUCCCGCUCGCGCUCCCCUCGGCCAAUCGCGCGCGCCAUAAUCAGCUGACUCGCGCGGACAGCGCCAGGUGCGCGAGCUCCGCUAUUCUGUCUGCGAAGCGCGUGCUGCUCCAGUGUGCAGAGACCACCGGUGGCGUACCGCUGCUCCUCUCUCUAACCGGACCAUGCUCUUUUCUAUCAGGGGGAAUCCGCGUGGACAUAACGAAACGGGUGCCCGAAUAAAACAUAUGGCUUGAAGGCGUCUCGUGGUGUAAAACUAGGGAGCAACGCGAUCACAAACACACACAGGCUCAUAUCGCCUUCUGGAUUUGUCCCCUUGUUUGUUGACGUUUCGGUCUGUAAGGACAUUGCAUGCACUGAGGGAGGAGGCCGGUGUAACUGAAACGUGCACGCCAAAAAAGACCCAGUUGUGUCAUCCUAAAAUCAGACUGUGGAUCAGAAACAACCCUGUUGGUGUCUACAGGGAUUAUAGUGGGAAACUACCGUUUGAAUUUCUGUGCCACUGUUGCUCAAGUUUUUACAGUAAAAAAGGAUGAUGCAGUUCUGAACACUUGAUGAAAGUCUCACCGUACAGUCCAUAUCUUUUUUGCUUCUUUGGGAAUUCAGACCAUUUUUGAUCAGAGUGGGUAAAAUGGCUAUAGGGACUGCAUUCUGUGUUGCUCAGCCUUGCUUUAUUUUGCUGUUGGCAGUACUUACAUUCUCUGCUGUUGAAUCUACAGAGUGUCCUCAGCUAUGCGUAUGUGAAAUCCGGCCAUGGUUCACACCCCAGUCUACCUACAGGGAAGCGAUCACUGUAGACUGCAAUGACCUACGUCUUACACGUAUCCCUGGAAAUCUGUCAAGUGACACACAGGUGUUGUUGUUGCAGAGUAACUAUAUUGCAAGGACCACUGAGGAACUGGAGCAGUUGCUAAACUUGACUGAACUGGAUCUCUCCCAGAACAACUUUACCAACAUUCGUGAUAUAGGCUUGACCAACAUGUCCCAGCUCACCACACUCCAUCUGGAGGAAAACCAAAUUGUUGAGAUGCCUGAUUUCUGCCUUCAGGACCUUACAAACCUUCAGGAGCUUUAUAUAAACCACAAUCAAAUUAGUUCCAUUGCACCUAAUGCAUUUGCUGGGUUGAGCAGCUUGCUAAGGCUACACCUGAACUCAAACAAACUCAAAGCUAUUAAUAGCCGCUGGUUUGAUUCAACACCUAACCUGGAGAUCCUUAUGAUUGGAGAAAAUCCUGUAGUUGGUAUUCUGGAUUUGAAUUUUAAACCUCUUGUUAACCUUAGAAGUUUAGUAUUAGCAGGGAUGGAACUUACUGAUAUACCUGGCAAUGCUUUUGUAGGACUUGACAAUCUUGAGAGCCUCUCUUUCUAUGAUAACAGACUUGUGAAUGUUCCUCAAAAUGCACUCCAGAAACUACCAAACCUGAAGUUUUUGGAUUUGAACAAAAACCCUGUACACAAAAUCCAGGAGGGGGACUUUAAAAACAUGCUAAGGCUUAAAGAACUUGGCAUUAAUAAUAUGGGGGAGCUUGUAUCCAUUGACCGUUUUGCACUGGACAAUCUGCCAGAACUGACCAAACUUGAAGCCACCAAUAACCCCAAGCUCUCAUACAUUAGCCGAUUAGCAUUCCGUGAUGUUCCAUCUCUUGAGAGUCUAAUGCUCAACAACAACGCUCUAAACUCAGUUUACUUGGCAACAGUAGAAUCUUUACCAAACCUGCGGGAGAUCAGCAUUCACAGCAACCCACUGCGGUGUGAUUGUGUUAUUCAGUGGAUGAGUUCAAAUAAGACAACCAUAAGAUUUAUGGAACCUCUAUCAAUGUACUGUGCAAUGCCACCUGAGGUCAGAGGCCAGCGAAUAAGAGAGGCACUUUCACAUGAAUCUGCUGAACAAUGUUUGCCAAUGAUAUCCCACGAUACGUUCCCUAAUCAUCUUAACCUGGAUAUUGGCAUGGCCGUAGACCUUGAUUGUCGUGCAAUGGCAGAGCCUGAACCAGAGAUAUACUGGGUAACACCAUUAGGCAACAAGGUCAUGAUGGAUACUGUGUCUGAUAAGUACCGUCUGAACAGUGCUGGAACACUGCAUAUAUCAAACAUUCAGGCUGAUGAUUCUGGUCGCUACACAUGUGUUGCUCAGAAUACAGAAGGUGCUGACACUAGGGUGACUGCGAUCCGAGUCAAUGGUACUCUCCUGGACAACACACAGCUUAUGAAAAUGUAUGUGAAACAGACCGAGUCCCACUCAAUACUCGUCUCCUGGAAGGUAAACUCCAAUGUAAUGACUUCUAAUCUCAAGUGGUCUUCAGCCACCAUGAAGAUCGACAACCCUCAUAUCACCUACACAGCCAGGGUCCCUGUAGAUGUCCAUGAGUACAAUCUGACCCACCUUCAGCCAGCUACUGAAUAUGAGGUCUGUCUCUCAGUGUCCAAUAUUCACCAACAGACUCAAAAGUCUUGUGUAAAUGUCACAACUAAACAUUCAACAUUUGCUGUGGAAAUAUCUGACCAGGGCACCAACACAGCUCUUGCUGCUGUCAUGGGUACAAUCCUCGCUAUCAUCAGCCUGGUGUUCAUCUCUGUCUACAUUGCCAAGAGAUGGAAAAGGAAGAACUAUCACCACUCUCUCAAAAAAUACAUGCAGAAAACCUCUUCUAUUCCCCUUAACGAGCUAUACCCUCCCCUCAUCAAUCUGUGGGAUGUAGACACUGAAAAGGACAAAGAUGGCUCCCUGGAGCCAAAGCCAAGCCAGGUUGACACAACAAGAAGCUACUACAUGUGGUGAAGUCCAUCAAAAACUUGUUUUGGAGCACAAAGACACAUUUUAUUAUCUGUGCGAAAAAUGAAAGUGAAUUUAUUCUCUGCAUUGCUUACUGGUAACAACUACACUGCCAGUCAAAAGUUUUUGAGCACUGAGUUUUUUUUUACAGUUACAUAAUUAAACAAGUGAUAUGAUUAUAAUGCUUUAUUAAAGGCAAAAGCACUUGUUUGGUGAACCGGUCACCUCAAGCUUAUAGUUUAGUGUGAAUUGGUUCCAAGCCACAAAAAAAGGCAGUGGGAGCAAGUGUUUUUUACGUUCAUGUGGAAGAAAUAACAAGACCACAUUUACAUGGAAGUGUAGCAAGUGCUCACAUUGCACAGUGUUGAUUUAUUAAUGUUCGGUAACUGUUCUAAUUUACGGUGAUGUUGGUUUAAGUAACUAAUUUGUACAUAUUUUGAGAAAUAAAUCAUGUGGUCUGCAGGAGCAGCCAGAAUUAGUCACAAGUGUCUGCAGGUAAUAAUUAAUAAUAAUUUCUUUAGGAGUUUAUGAAAGUGGUUAAAAUAAAUACAACAACAACAAAAUCCCCCAACCAUUUCUACUACAAGUGCCUAAUAAGGUUUUCCAGCCUUUUUCUUUCAGUUAGAUCCAAGUUUACCCCAAUAAAAGAAAAUGUUAGAAAUCUUUUUUAGUUCAUUUAUACCUAUUUUUAUUUAGAUUUUCUUACUUAAUGCUAAUUCUAAAAUAUUUACCUUGAACCAUUUUUUUUUUAUGUUCAACCAAAUGUUUUCAAUUUGAGAUUCAGAAACUUUUGCUUGGCAGUGUAAAUAGACUAAUGAUUCACAUAUUUUGGUAGAGCAUCUUUUUUUUCCCCUUAGCUCAGUAUUGCAGCUUUGUUUAGUUUCUGAGAAAUGUUAGUAGCUGUGCUUUUUAUGUUCCAUAUAUUUAACCAGCACAGCAUAGAUAUUGUCAAAGAUUAUUUUUGGGUCAGUUGAUGCUAUAACAGUUUGAUCCAGGACUGUACAAAUGUCUUUGACAGUAUUCACAUAGAAUGUACAUUUUCUUUCUCUCUUUUGUAAAACAGUUUAUCUGUUGUGCACCGAAAUAUUUGAAGAACUCUGUCCAUGGACUACAGUGUAAGCUGACAAAAUGAUUUUAGACUUGAGAUCUAUUGUCUAUUAAAUGAUGUUAGCAAUUGUUCUGUAAUGUUGUAUCAACUAUAAUUUUAACUUUUUUUAUCAACAUUAAAAUUUGCGUUAGAACUUAAA